GCGGCACCUGCCGGCUGAGAGCUUCUUCUGCAGAGAAUCGCAGCAAAGAGUCUCCUCUUCCUCUCUUUUACAACAAUGCAAAGUGAGGAUAACGGUGUGAUUCUGAGAAGCACUUGCUCCAGACCCUCCCUGCAAUGGUACAUCCUCGUUGAAAACAAGAUGAGAAGAGCCAAUUUGCUGUUAAAAGACUUUCUCAAGUGUACAUUGGUUGUGUUUGGAGUGUGGAUUCUUUAUAUCCUCAAAUCAAAUUAUCUUACUGAAGAAUGUGACAUGAAAAAUAUGCAUUAUGUGGACCCUGAACGCAUAAAGAGAGUUCAGAAAUUUGCUCAGCACAUCUUAGAAAAGGAAUGCCGGCCCAGGUUUGCAGAGAAGUUGAUGGCACAGUUGUUUGAGCCUGGCUACACUGUGAACUUAACACCUUUUGUGAAGAGGAUCCCCCAAGAAAACGAAGCCGAGUACCAGUACAGGCCUCCUUUUGGAUUCCGGGAGUUCUCUAGGGAAGUCCAGACCCUCUUGGAAAUCUUGCCAGAGCACGACUUCCCUAAACACUUGCAAGCGAAGAGCUGCCGGCGCUGUAUGGUUGUUGGCAAUGGUGGGAUCCUCCAGGGGCUAGAGCUGGGCGAGGUCUUGAACCAGUUUGACAUUGUGAUAAGGUUAAACAGCGCACCAGUUGAAGGUUAUUCAAAACAUGUUGGAAAUAAGACAACUAUACGGAUGACUUAUCCAGAGGGUGCUCCACUGUCUGAUCUGGACUAUUAUGCCAAUGAUUUGUUCGUUACUGUUUUAUUUAAAAGUGCUGACUUCAAGUGGCUUCAAGCAGUGAUAAAAAAUGAGACUCUGCCAUUUUGGGUACGAUUCUUCUUUUGGAAGGAUGUGGUAGAAAAAAUCCCACUACAACCAAAACAUUUGCGGAUUUUGAAUCCGGUUAUUAUCAAGGAGACCGCCUUUGAUAUUCUUCAGUUUUCAGAGCCUCAGUCGAGGUUCUGGGGCCAAGACAAGAAUGUGCCCACCAUUGGGGUCAUAGCUGUCGUUUUAGCCACACACCUGUGCGAUGAAGUCAGUUUGGCGGGUUUUGGCUAUGACCUUAGUCAACCCAAUACACCUCUGCAUUAUUUUGACAAUCAAUGCAUGGCCGCCAUGAACUUCCAGACGAUGCAUAAUGUGACCACAGAGACCCAGUUCCUGCUAAAGCUGGUCAAGAUGGGCGUGGUGACGGACCUGAGUGGGGGCAUCCACUGAAUUCUGAGCAGAAAACCUCGCUGUGAAAUGUCUCAGCCUGGACCUGAGAGGGCGACCUUGCCUUGCCUUCUUCAUGCAUUCUUCCUACUCUGCACUUGGACCAGCAGCUGCAGUUUUUAACUUGGUGUCAAAACACCUCACACUGGAAACAGUUUUCUCCAUCCUACUUUCUUUUUAAUUGGGCCUUCCUUGAUACCAUUGUUUUUGUAUCAAAAAUUUUGUAAGCUAACUUUGUGAAUGGAGUGGGAAAAGACUUUACCAGGAGAGUAGCAUCUAAUGGAGUGUUCUGGUAUUUCAAGCAAGACGUUUUCUUUGUGAAAAUUCCGUCUUGGUCUACUGUCCAUGGAAUGGCAGAGAGUUAAGUGCUAGGUUUAGUGGGCUGGUCCAUUGGGCACCUUGAGGUCUGUUUUCCUGCACCAGGGAUUUAAAUUCUUCUCAGUAGCUAAUGACCAGAGAAGUCCACGCUCUCUCCCUGUGUGCCUCUCAGGGGGAGAUUGUGGCUUAUAGAGCAAAACAGUGUUUUUCUGGUCCUGUGUCUUAUGCUUUUCUGUGAAUUCUUGCAUUUCAUGUUUAAAGACUAUUUAAGAGAAAAUACUCUUGAGCCAAGGAUGUGGCUUGCAUGUGUGCAGCCCAGUUGGAGCUUUGGCAAUGAGAGAGAGAAAAAAACACUUUCAUAGUCUUACCACUUUGCUGACUUUAUUUUGAAUGUUGGCACUCAGGUGGUGGUCCAUGGUUGUCUGUGGCUCAGGCAAGACCACCAGGUCUGUACUGUAUAUCUCCAAUGCCAUACUCGGGGUCUGCUCACAGAAAUCCAUAUGUAUAUAUUGAUUUUGGUCCACACCUGGCAGUGCUCAGGGGCUACUCCUGGCUCUCAGCUCAGAAAUCACUUCUGCCGGGGCUCGAGGGACCAUGUGGGUUGUUGGAAAUUGAACCCCGGUCAGCAGCAUGCAAGACAAGUUUCCUACCUGCAGUACUAUCGCACCACCUUCUGACACUCUAAUAUUUAAAGAAAAGACCAGGGUUUGAUACAUCAACAUUCCCAAUAGUUAGGUCCAAAUAAUGGAGUUAGGACUGGUUUUUGGAAAACUUAGCCACUUUACCUGGAACUGGGCCUCCACCCUUUUCCUUCCUUUAUCUGGCUAACUUUUGAGCAUCGUGAAGAGUGAUAUGGGUUAGCAGGUUCUCAGCAUUGUGUGGAUUAACUAGUUUUAACGAGGAUCAAAGAUUUGGGGUUACCCAUUUUGUAGAAGACAGGGUCAAGACCUCUCAGUGUCUGUAUCUGGGUUGGCAUUUCUGCUGGAGAUACAAGUAGGGGCAUCUCCAGCGUAGAGGCCCUCUGCCUCUUUGAUUUUCUUUGUCCAUGGACAUUUUCUGUCAUGUCACCUGAGCCUCCCAAGACUGAGGAAUAUGGAGCUGGUGUUUUGGCAAAUGUAGGCCUGGUCCUAUUCCACUCCUGUCCUCUGUGUGACCUUAGUGCCCACUUCCAUUCCAAGGUCCAGGCCUCUUGACCUCUACUCAUUGGCAGGCAUUACAUACCCUCAUCUUUUUGUCAUAAACUUUGGAUCCUUGCCACAUGUGGAGUCAACAUAACUGACAGUAAGGGACCUGAAAGAUUCCUUUAAAAUAAAUGUAUGACCUAUUAUUAGCAGUGUUUGAUUUAUAAAACCUAGUUUUUAGAGCCAUGUGAAAAUUUCUCUGGCAAAAGGAAUAACAGGAAAAGAGGUUUAAGGAGCUUUGUCCUAAGCAAAUAAAAGGUAAAAGUUUUUCUUUUUAA